AUGGCACGCGAUGGCAUUGGGCGAUUUUGGAGUCCUACUGAUGUACAGCAACCUCAUUUCUUGUACAUGUGUGCAGUGAUUGAUUCCAAUCAGUCUUUGGUCACCAGCAAAGUAGAAGAGGCCAAUCACCACCACCAUAGCGCUCAAGGAGAAGAAGAAGAAGAAGAAGAAGAGGAGGAGCAGGACGAUUUUUCACCUAUUCAUUAUAUCGGUUGUGAUGAACUAGCCAGUGCCGUUCACGCCAGAUUCAGGUCCCAUUCCAAACACGAGCGCUUUGAUCAACGCGUGGACCGCAUCCGAGACAGAGUGCGAGAUACCCCUGAUUUGCUGUUUCGUAUACAGGCAGAUGGAUCACUUACAUUUUGGGGUGUGCAGCAUCUGAAUUCAGUGCCUCGUCGAAUUCCAAGAGUGUUUGUAGUGCUGCGUGUGGACAAGGCCAUUGAUCCGUUGGAUGUUAUCUACUUCUUAAAUCCGACACACAUUUUGCAUGAUUAUUCACAUAUUCAGUCAGCAUGUAAGUUGAAAGAGCUUGUUUGGGCGUGCCGUCAUACUGAAAGAUAUACAGCCACAAUCAAACCCAUCGAGUUGUCGUUGGUGGCCAGAAACCUGCAUGGACAAUUGCGCUGUUACAGUCUCAAUUUGAUUGAUUUCCUCGAUUCAACUUCAUUUUCACCCAGACUGCACUUGAAAUACACAUGGUUGGGCCAUCAGCACUCCAUCUCAAAACUGUAUCAAACACAAAAGAACCGAUUUUGCACAGUGGGUGUCGAUGGACAGAUCAAUGUGUGGAAAUAUGAGCUGAGAGAGGUAUGUUAUUAA